GCCCUAUCCAAAACCCUUGACACAGUCGGGUUUCUUCGCCGAUAGCUCUGCUCUCUUGGUUUGAAAGUUGAAACCCCUACGCAAACCCCCACUCCACCCCACCCACGCCCAAGGAAGAUAGAAAAUGACAGUAACUUCAAGAUUAUACACUCUUUUAGGAACCUCAAUUCUCCGCAGUUCGCUCAGUUUCACUCAAGUUCCUCCACUUAGAUUUUGCAAACUAUUCCCUUCUUCUUCCAUUUCACUGUGUUUUCACCGAUACAGUUCAUAUGCAGUCACGCUGGACUCCGAAUCUACAAUAAUCUCCGCCAACAGCAUAGAACCGGAGCUUUCUGUCAAUUCUAAUCACCAAUACCAUCCUUGGCCUGAAUGGGUACACUUCGUCGACCGUUUAAAGACGAAAGGAUACCUCAUUGAAAGUGCUGCGGUUACUCCUCCAUCCACGGUGGUGUCGGAAGACGGUGGUGGUAUGGACCGGGCCGCUUAUACGGAGAUGGGAUUGCUGAAGGAUGCUUGUUUGAGAUUUGGUCGUGAUCGCUUUGACAUUUUCAAAUCAUUGUCUACAGAAGACAUUCAGGCAGUUGUGGAUAAAGGAUGUCCUAAUCUUUUUAGAAAGGCUGUUAACUCGGCCAAAAGAUUGAGAGCAUACCUGAAACUUGAUGAAGGAGACGUAUGCGGUGCUUGCAAUCUGCGUGGAUCCUGUGAUAAAGCAUAUGUUCUGGUUAAUGACUCUGAAGGAGCUGCACGUACAGUUGAUAUCAUUCGUAUUUUAUUGCUCUAUGCAUUAGAUCCACUUGUUAUUUCUGGAGGGGAGAAGCCUCCAGGUAGAGAGCUUAUUGAUUUAUCAGCAAGAAAAUUGCUUUCGAAGAUGAUGGAGCUCAGUGAGACACCUCCUGAUCCUGAACUUUCAAAGCCUGUUGUCAUAGCUUCUCAAAAGAAGAAACAGUCUUCUGAUUCUGUAGUCGAUGAAAGGUCACGAAAUGUAGAGAUGAAAAGAGGAGACUGGAUGUGUACCAAAUGCAACUUCAUGAACUUCGCUAGACAUGUAAGAUGCUUCAAAUGUGGAGAAGGUGGACCCAAGAGUGUUCUUGGGGAUGAUGUUGAAAUCAAGAAAGGGGAUUGGAUUUGCUCUGAAUGCAAUUUUAUCAACUUCUCUAGAAAUAUACGAUGCCUGAAAUGCAAAGCAGAAGGACCUAACAGGGUUUCUGUUGAUGACGCUGAAAUGAAAAAAGGAGAUUGGAAUUGCACUCAGUGUGAUUUCAUGAAUUUCGCAAGCAACCGCAAGUGUUUACGCUGCCAAGAGCCUCGGCCCAAGAGGCAACUAAAUCCCGGGGAAUGGGAGUGCCCUGAUUGUGAUUUCUUGAACUAUAGGAGGAAUGUUGUUUGCAAGAAAUGCAAUCAUGAUCGCCCCAAAGAAUCAGGGACACGGAACUUCAGUCUUGGAAUGAUAUUUUCAUGUCCUGAAGAAAGGUAAGCAGAAGGGAUUUGGAGGUACCUAAAAUGUAAAAAGUCGUAAUAGCAAUAGGAGUUAUAGGGGAAGUGGUGGAAGCAUCCAAUUUGACACUACAAGGGGCUUUGGCGCAUUAAGGAAGAGCUUAUUCUCUUUGUGGGAUAAAGGCGUUUCAGGUUGAGUAACUGAACUUGCAAACAUAUAUCGGAGAAAGUAUCGGUUGGAGAAGGAUGCUUAACAAGAGAUUCAUAGUCGCUUCCCAUAGAAAAAGCUUAUUUUCUUAUUCUCUAUCAAUUUGAUCAAGAUUGCGGAUCGAAGAGAUCCACCCAUAGUAGAUAAGGGGGCAAAAACAGGCUAGUCUAUAGUCACUUCUAUCCCAGCACAAGCUAUUAACCAAAAUGGCAUUUGUCUCUGCUCAGUAAGUUUUUGUAUUUAAAUACAGAAGGUUAUUCAGGAGUCUGUUCAAACAUCAUAGACUUAUCAAAAGUACUCUUACAUUAUUUUCA